GAGGGAAACUCCUGGCCCACCAGGGGAAACAGAGACACAGAAGUCACCCAGACAUCCAUAGUGGGCUGGAUAUGCGGUGGGAGCCUCAUAUGUACUACUUUUUACAGUUUGGAGAGCAUUGUGGAAGGCUCUGGUGACUUCUGGAGGCAUCGGGGAGUUGAUGGAGGCUUUGGAUGCAGAUUAGGGCCAUUCUCCCGAGGUCCUGAGGAAGGAUGGUAGGAAAGGAGAGGGGUCAGCAAGAACUGGAGUCAAUAGCCUCUACCCCCAUCCAUGGGAGGGCUGGGUAUAGGAGGCUCGGGCUUCUUGACCUCUCUUUUUCUCCUCACCUAUUCCCUCUCUCCUUUCCCUCCUGUCUCUCCCUCGUGCAGGUGAGCAGCAGCCUAAGGACGAACAUUCUCAGGGCCAUGGCGGCCUUUGCUGGGUCGGCCAUUCUGCUCAUGGAUUUUGGUGUCACUCACUGGGAUGUGGGCAGGGGCUAUCUGGCUGUGCUUACCAUCUUUACCAUCCUGGAGUUCUUCAUUGCAGUCAUUGCCACCCAUUUUGGGCGCCAAGCCACCCUAGCCCAAGCCAAUGUAGUGAGUGCUUCCGCCCCAACCUGGGCCGCUGAAGAAGGUGUUCCCUGGGAAGGCUCUCUGCUUCCAGACCCUCCUUGCUUCCCCCUGAGGAGCAACCCAGCAGCACUGGGCUUUGAUGAGUUCCACUCUUACAAAUGGAGGGGUCCCAAGGAAGUCUUUGCUGGAAGAUGGGACUAUUUUCCUCGUGGCCACAGGGGGCACCAGUACCAAUGAGCCUGCUGCGCUGUGAGCCUUGGAGAGCAGUGGAAGGACCUGGGUGCAGGGUGUGAGUUGGAGUGCUACACAGAGAUGAGCAGGACCCUCCAGAGGUUCACUGGGCCAUGAGGGAGAUAGGGGGCAUCAGAAAGGACAGCAUGACUCACUGGAAACUGAUCUUAGGUUCCCAAACACUGGCACACCAUGAAGCCAGAAAUGAGAUAGAGGAGAGCAUUCAUGGCAGGGGAACCAGUUCGAGUAAAGUCUGCCUCUGGCAGGAAAAUGUAGACCGUGGGAGGUGAGGCUAUUAAAAGUCUUUGAGCAUAGACAGAUAUGCUCAAAGGGGAGGGUGAGUAGAGCAGGGCCCAGAGAAAUCAAUCAAGAGCAUUGUCCAAUUCAGGGGGUAGAAAGGGCAGAGAGAGAUGUAGGGGCUGCAAGCUGGCAAGCCACAAGGAGGCUAGUUCUAUGUAUGGAAGACUUGAACCAAUG